AUGGAUUUCCUAAGCUAUGACGUAAAUAGCCAGAUCAGAGCCGAGCAAGAGAAGGAAUCUGCGGAACGGCAACUUAGAGAAGCGGAGAGGGAAGAACAGUUGAAAAAAAUAGAUGAAGAGGAAGCUGCGCGCAAGAAAAAGAUCAAAGAUGCGGAUAAGAGCCUGGCCGAUUUCUCCCGCAUCAUUCGUUUUAGAUCCAGAGCUAUGAACUUUUGUGAUGAGGUACACAUUAGCGAUGAUUAUGCUCGGUUCGAAGCUGCAGAUGGACAGAGAAAACUUACGGAUUUAGAGAUACUCAAGAUAUUAAUUCUCGAACAUGUAGAGAAGUAUGUUACAGAAAUAGAAUGGACUCAAAAGCAUCCUGUGGAGUAUGAAAAGCUUAGAAGGGAAUUUUGUUAUCGUAUUUAUGAAACGUUAGAGGCAAAAAAACGGAUGCGAACGGAGAGGAAUGACCCUGUAGCUGAUGAAAGGGACACGGUAGAGAUAUGUGAGAAGUUUGAAUGA